CAUCCCAUCCCAUCCCAUCCCAUCCCAUCCCGCAUAACGAACAACUCUUUUUUGUUCGACUCUUACAUUCCAUACCACUUCUUUUUUUCUCUGGUUUUCUUUUGUUUUUCAGGUUCGGAUGCUGAUCAUAUAUGAACUUUGGUAGUUCCGCACAAUCAGUUUUUGUGACCCAAACCAAUUUGGUCUUGUGGUCUCGUCAGGAACAGUAUCGCGACCUACCAAAACUGCCUACUAGAUAGGUAUACAUCCAUUCAUUACAUACAAUUCUUGUAUCAUCAUUUCCGUCUCGUGUCGGCCUGUUCCCUCUUGUUCUUUUUCAACCGCGACACCGAUAUCGACAUCGUUUAUCCUUUAAACUCGUACCCUUCAUUCCCCCCCACCCGAAUACAUCGAUACCCAAUACAGGUCGGAUUUUGAUUGAGGUACCCAAUACAGGCGCCGCUCAGUCUACGCGACUGUCUACGCAACCUCAUUGGUUUUCCGUGAACCUCGCGACACGCCCAACCAUACCAUCGUCGUUCUUCCUACCUCUUACAAGCCACCAGCAAACUCUUGAUCCACCUCACCCGAUCCCACAAUAUUCACAAUUUCCCCCAGUCAUUUUCUCCCUUCUCGUUGGAGUCCUCUUUUGCGUUGUUCUCCUCUCCUCCUUAGAUCUUUAUCACAUCAAUCCUCUCUAGGUUAUCGGGCCACGAUGGAUCUUUCGCGCUUUCGACGCACUAAGAAGGCUCCGGCUUCUCCUGCCUCUUCUCCACCAGCAAUCGUCUUGCCUGAUUCACCAUCCGACAAAUCGAUGUCGCCAGCCAAGGCUGAUCCUCCUCCCACUCGCCGAGAAUCACCACCAACACCCCCGCCUCUCCUAACCAUUCCGAUGCCCAUGACGCCUCGUUCUGACUCCGGCAGCAAGUCGCCUUUCCGAAGAGGCUUUCAUCCCUUUCGUCAGACCCAAAAGCGUGCACGAUCCCCAGCCCAGGCCACAUUUUCUUUGCCUGCUACGCCCGUCACCGGUGGUCCGAUGUCUAUUGUAGACAGCGACAAGUCAUUGCCUAUGGCCGGCGAUCAGCCCGGAGACAAUACCACUCAGGGUAACCCCAAGCCUCUCACGAUGCCAGCCUUUCUCAAUUUGUCAUAUCAAGAAAUCGAGAGUAAAUUUCUUGACCUCAACUGGGCAGAGCGCUUCCGUAUUAAUGAAGCCAUGUCGAAUCCCUCGCCCCGAUACCGAUUCGCUCGCGUUUUCGGUCCCGAAAUUAAGAAUCGCGACCGAUACGGGAACAUCCAGCCAUGGGCCAACAACCGCGUCAAGCUUCAGGUUCCAGAGGGUAAGACUGACUAUAUCAAUGCGUCCCCCAUUGUUCUGCAGUCUCCCAUCAAUCCCGAAGGAAAGCCACCUCAUCGAUAUAUCGCAAUGCAAGGGCCCAAGGCAGGAACCGCAGAACACGUCUGGCGAAUGGUGAUUGAGCAACUACAAAGCCCUGCAGUCAUUGUUAUGUUGACUGAAACUCACGAGGGUGGCGUGGAAAAGUGCUACCCGUAUUUUCCUCGAAUGGUUGACGAAACUUGGCAGGUUGGAGAAAAUGAUGAGUUUGGCGACGGCUUCCGUGCCGAGAUCAAGUGUGUCAGUGUUGAGGAGCACGCGAAUGGCGCUAUCGAGGCUCGACAAAUUAUGGUCCAUGUGGAGGGUCGUGAGGACAUGACGGUCUGGCAUCUUCUAUACCGAAAGUGGCCCGACUUUGGUGUCCCGGCUCUGGGGGAUCUUGAAAGCUUCUUCGAGCUUAUGCGCCUCUCUCGAGAAAAGAAUGCCACGGAGGACAACCCUCGUAUCAUCCACUGUUCAGCCGGCGUGGGACGAAGUGGAACGUUUAUCGCUCUCGAGCACCUCAUGCGAGAAAUUGACUCGGGCGAUAUUGACAAGCGCGAACCGAUUGCGCACCCUAACCCUGAUAUAGAUAACGAUGAUAUCAUUUACAAGACAGUCGAUGCUCUCCGAGAGCAACGUAAGCUCAUGGUUCAGGCCGAGCCGCAGUACCAUUUCCUGUACCACGUAUUGCGCCAGCAUUGGUUGGAGAAGCAUGGAUUGAUGGAGCAGGACAUGCAAGAGCCUGCGGCAAAGAGGUUGGAGGUUGAUGACUAUGACCCUUUUAUUUGAGAAUGUAGGAUGUUAACAGAGUCAAAGGUAACGAAACCCGGCGAACAUCGCAGUGCAUCAUUUUCUGCAGCGAUACAACGGCGUUAGGCACGCCUCCUAGCUUUUAGCUUUAUGUGCUUUAGAGGAGUCGACGAAGUAUGCAGCAAGGGAAGGGACAAGAUGGUACGGCAUACCGAUUAAAGAAUGGGGGUUGUAAGAAGAGAUGACAGCAGGAAGGGAAAGGAAUGUGCUACAAGAAGCACAAGUUAUAUGCAUAUGAAAAGGCGUCUGGCAUGUUCAAUCGACUUGAUGGGAUGAUUUGCGAUCAAGUCAGAUCUUUAGAGACCAGGAAGGCAGGCAGGCAGGCAAACAAAGUCCGGUAUGGGGACAUGAUUAGAAAAAGUUGCGUGUUCCUGUCCAGGUCAAUAGAGGGAGACAGGUGGUGGCAUUCGCGGAUGGUUCGAGAUACCCCUUUGUAUUUGCUUUUGCUUUGCAUUGCACAUUAUUGGUGCCGGCGUUAUCAUAACUGAUGUCCCUGUACAUCCGUUUCAUUAACCAUUACCGUUUGGUUUUGGGGUCAUAUAGUCUCUGAGGCUGUUCAAUAAAUUAAAAAGGAAUUCUGAUAUCCAUAUGGAUAUAUGUAGUAUUGUAAGAUUGAAGAGCCAAGAGCUCCAGACUCUCGAGUGACAUAAAGCUGCAGGUGCAGCUACGAGGUGCAGCUACA